UCCUGCAGAAGUGAUUAGAAGGGCUCAGAGGCAGUGCAAGGCUGAAGUCAGUCCUGGGACUUUGCAGUGACAUGGCCCUGCAGGUGCCAGCUCUGGCCAUGCUCCUGGCUCUUCCACCCCUCAUGUGUGCAUGGGAACCAGCACCAUCCAGUCCCAGCAGCCAGGAAGGAGACAAGAGUCCAGGAAAGUGCCAAGCACCAGACAGCAGGGACCGCUGGCCCGAGUUCAGACCGAAACAGCCAUUCUACAAUCCAGGUGCCACGGUGACGUGGAGGUGCUCUGUGGGCUUUCGGCCCUCAGUUCCCAACAGCACAUGCACAGGGUCGGGGACCUGGAGUCCAGAGAGUGUCCAGUGUGAUGGGUUUUGUACGAUUAGAAGAAACUGGUUCCAGCUCAUGUUUACAGGCUACAUCCCGACAGAGCUUGCACUCGGUAAGAAGGUCCAGGUGAGCUGUCGCCAGGAGCAGUUUGAGGGGGGCUCAGGCUGGCUGCAGUGUGUGGACAGAGCCGGGCGUCCUGAGUGGAACAUGAGCCAAGUGAAUUGCAUCGAGAAAUGCCGCAGGCCCCAGUGGGACCCAAGACUUCAGUUUGCCCCAGACCAGCAAUUUUAUAGACGGCAUGAGGCAGUGAGGCUGAGCUGCCUUGAUGGGACCUGGCCGUCCCCACCCGUGAUCCGCUGUGUGGCGCAAUAUCCAAAGGAUCUGGGUAUCUGGACAAUGCCGGACAUUUGGAGUGAAUGGCGUCGCAUUGAAAAGAAUGGGACCUGUGUAGACCUCCCCCAGAUCAGCCCCCCAGAGAUUUCACCCACCAGCAUCAGGCUCAGCUGGGCUUGCAAACCCAUCGAGUCCUGCCAGGGCACAUCGACCAUAUGGGCCAAGUGCCAGGCAGAUGUACACCACAAGGCCGACCCCUGCUGGGAACAAGGAGCCACAAUAGAGUGGACUUCUAAAGUCUUGGAGGGGACUUUUACCUGCAGCCACCUGCAACCCUUCAGUUUCUACAACGUCACCAUUUUUGCAAGCACCGGGGCUCAGAUACCCUCCUCCAGCGCUGUUCUCUACAGACGGCGGGUCAGGACAAAAGAGACGGGUAAGAGUGACCCGCCGUUCCGCCAGCCCCAGAUAGAGCCGAGGGACCCCAGCACCGGAUCCCUGCGGUGGAAACAGCUGCCGUCCUGCCAUGGGGACAUCCUCGGGUACCAGCUGAACAUCACGGCUUGGAGAGAGAACGAUGAUGGAUUCUUGGAGGAGCAGGUGGUGCAGGUGAACCCAUCGGUCACUGAGUACAGGCCGCCCCACUGGAGACCCGGGACCAACUACACGGUGACAGUCCAGGGCCUUACAGCUGCUGGCCUGGGGAAGGCAUCGCAAUGGGCCUUUGAAACGGAUAUCUCAGGGAAGCAGGAGUCCAAGCCGGCGGGGAUCACGCCAGGGCAGCACCAAGCCACGGCAAGCAAUGCAGGCCAGGAGCACCAUGCAGAGCUGCAGCCCCAGGACCCGUCAGAUAUUUCCUGCUAGUUCCAGGGCCCUCUGACACCAGUGCCCUAAGCUGCAGAGAAGGGCAUCCCUGCCGUGGCACUGAAGGCCUGAACCCCCACCAGGCUGGUUGUGAAUGGUGACCCUCUCCCCUCUGCAGUUAAGGACUGCCCAGGAGGCGGGGCAGUAGCCAUGAUGAAAACUUUCAGAGAAGCUGGACCAUCUGAAACUCACGCUCUCUCUCUUGGAAAUCAUGUUCAAUGAACUGCCUGCCUCCAGAGGGAAUCUCCACCUGCCUCUGGAUGAUACUUGUCAGUAAGUUACCUGAGAUCUAACUAGAUAUAUAGCUUGCGGUAACUCAUAUGCGUAAUCAAAGGCUAC